UGCGUAUGCGGCACAGUCAAAUUCAUGCACGUAUUUGCCGUUGUUGAGCGUGUCUCCGUCCGUCCGCCCUCAUUGAUUCCUUCGAAUCUCGAGAACUCGCCAUCACAAAACACCGCCGAACCUCGAGUCCUUGGCAUUCCAUCGUGUACCUCCCGCCCGAGCUGAUACUAAUGAUCGCUAGCUACUGCGACCAAGAUUCUGUCAAAUUACUGCGACACGUCGAUCGGCAAUUCUAUAAUGUUGUUAUCGCUCUAAUAUCCGAACAUAUCACGAUUUGCUAUGUGCGGCAAAAGAGAGCUGAAUGUCUUGAUCUCUUGGCUCAGAAUCCUUACAUCCGAAGAUGCAUUCGCCGUCUGACUUGGCGAGCACGCUGGGCAGGAAAUCGUCAUCAUCGGACGCGACCUUUCGGUGGCGAUGUCGAUGAUCCAUAUCAAGGCCUUCCAAAACCGCUGGAGAUCAACCGCCGCAUGUGCCAGACAGUUGGGAAAUUGCUACUCACCUGUCCGAAUCUUCAUUCCGUGGAAACAUUCUAUGCUCAGGUUGCGAGCUGCGUUCGUUUCAUGCGUGAAUGUAGGGAUGACAGUCACUUUUCUCUACCUCUUAUUAUUAAAUACCAUGUCGGCGUCAAAGAACUCAAGAUUUCAACGACUCGCGCGAAUGGCAUGAAAGAUGGCCUGGUCCGCAGGCUAAUUCACACUUCCCGUGGGUACUGCGACAUUUUCCUAUGUUGCGCCAUUUGAAAAUCGGCUUCCGCGAUAUUGCUCCGGAGCAGCAAUCCUCCUUCGACUGGAAAUCCAUUUCCCUGCCGAACCUCGAGUCGAUACAUCUUCAAAAUACCAGCUUCGACUUCCCCAGCCUUCAGCACUUCCUCGCGGUCCACUAUCAUCAACUACGCGCCAUUGAACUUCGUCGCAUUGGAAUCGCUUUCCAGAUCGAUGGGACCAAUAUGAGCAAUGUACGCGACAGAUGGACCCAUAUUU